AUGAAUGAACUCGAGGAAGUGAUAAAUGAAGCUUUUGAGAAUGCCAGAAUUUCAAAAAUGCCCAUUAAAAACCUGCAUGAUAGGCAUAUAAGCAGAAAGGAUUUCAAAGUAGGUCAAUAUGUGCUUCUAUAUGAUUCUAGGCUUCAUUUGUUUCUUGGAAAACUGAAGUCCAGAUGGACUGGACCUUUUAGAAUCCGAGCUAUCUUGACUCAUGGUGCCUGUGACAUAGAAAAUCUUCAAGAUGGUCAAGUGACUAAGGUAAAUGGGAACAGGUUGAAACCUUAUCUUGAGCUAUUGUCUAAUGACGAAACAAGCAUGGAUCUUGUAGAUCCGGGGAAAUGA